GAGAAAGCAUGCUAAACCUCAAAGGAAGGAUAGGGGGCGACUCUGACCUGUCACCCAAUGGGAAAGCAUAUGCCAAGGCCCUUGCUGAGUUUGUGGACAAAGAGGACAUUCCAGGAUUAAAGGUGUGGUCCAGUGAAAUGAAGAGGACUGUCCAGACGGCCAAUCCUGUUAAUGCUCCUAAAGAAAAAUGGAAGGCUCUGAAUGAAAUAAAUGCUGGUAUAUGUGAGGAAAUGACAUAUGAGGAAAUAGCAGAGAGAUACCCAGUGGACUUUGCCCUCAGGGAUCAGGACAAGUAUCACUACAGAUACCCCAAAGGCGAGUCAUACCAAGAUUUAGUGGCAAGGUUAGAACCUGUAAUUAUGGAGCUGGAACGUCAGACCAAUGUCAUGGUUGUAUGUCAUCAGGCCGUGGCAAGAUGUCUGCUGGCGUAUUUCCUGGAUAAAAAUGCUGAGGAGUUGCCUUAUCUGCGUGUUCCUCUCCACACAGUAAUGAAGCUCACGCCUGUAGCAUAUGGCUGUCUCAUGGAAGAAAUAUCGCUCAAUGUGGAAGCUGUCGAUACGCACAGGGAUAAACCCAAGGUCGUGUCAGUUAAGAGAUCGGCGUCGGACGCUCUGGAAACCGCUCCUCCACACGAUGAAGAAGUCAUCACCUGUUCCUAACACAUAGUCCUAAGAAACAUCUGAGUGGUUUAAAAUCAUGAAGUGAAAAAGAGUAAAAUAAACUGUAGGAAGCCAGGUUUUUUAUGGAAUUCAGAUUUGGGUCGUGACUUAUUUCAUAUUCUUAGAAGUUGAAGGACAGAAUGAAAAUAACACGCCAAGUAGGAAAAAUUAUUUGAAGUAACAUUUGAUAAAUUGCAAUAACAAUAGUUUUACGGGGAGUUUGUCUUGUCUUACGCACAGUAUUUCUCUUGUACAUAUAAUUGCAAUAAUAGUAAUGUCAAACCCAUAAAUAUAUUUUAUAAGGUUGUAUUUUGCUACGGCACAUGGGUGAGAGAAUAUUUUUAGUGCACGUUUUAACAGAGGGAAUGACGGGUAUAAUUCAAUAUCUGACUUGUGAUUGUGUCUUAAGAAAAUAAUGUGAGUGAAAAUGUAUAUAGUCAUUGAAAAGAUGAUACUACAAAAAAUAAGUCUCGGAAUCCAGGAUAAAAAAUCAAUGAUAUUUAUAAUUAAGGCUGUGGUUGAAUUUUACAAUUUUUUAAGUGAUCGAAUCUCAUUGUGGUCGAAUAAGAUAAUAAUUGUUUUUAUUCAUUUCCCAGGCUCUUAUUUUGUUUAUCCAAAUGUUCUUCCUCCACCAAAUCGCAUGCAUAUAUAAAUUUUAUGAUUUUAAUAACUUUUUUUAUGUAUAGAAAUUGUUUUCUGUGUUGCUAAGGCGAUUUUUACGACAUUUCUGUUGCGUGGAUUUCUAGAUUUAUACUACUGUAUUUGGGUUUGCUUUGGGUUUUUGAGGCAAUAUAAGAAGCCAUUUGUGAUAUUUUAAUGACACAAUGCUUUUCUUUUGCUCUGAAGUUAUAACGGAAUAGGUUGUAUAUUUAGAUCAUUUUGAUUUGGCUAUCAGAGGAAACAAUUGGCAUCUUUGUUUUAUUUUUAAGAGAACGAACAAAAGUUAAAUGUAAAAUACGGGUCUCGCCAGAAUUCAUUUUAAAUAUUUAUAAAUUGAAAAAAGUUGCUUAAUCAGUAAUGUAUUCUAGAUUCAAUUGCAGUGUCUGUGACAAUUCUGGCUUGUUUGUACCUUUUGGUUCAUUCAAAAAAUUUUUAAAGGGGGGGGGGAGUAAAUUGCGAAGCGAAAUGUCCAGUUGUUAAGGAAAUUUAGUUUGUUCCGGUUGAUGAAUUCUUAGACCAGUGAAUACUGUCUUUUGAUUUUAAAUGAAUUGGAUCUGCUGAAUUAUUGUAAGAAUCAUUGGUUGUAAAUCUUAUUUUCAUAUUUAAAUAUCUAUUGUAGAUUUGAUCUCAGGCAAGAAGAGUUUUAUUGUGUGAUUAUUUCUGGUAGUAGAUUUUAGAACUUGACGCCUUGCACCAAAUUUUAAUUUAUUAUUGACAGAAAUAAAGGGUUGAAGGUCAAUUUUAAACAGAUA